AGGACACUGUCAUUGCUUGUUAAUCACUUGUCAAAAAUGCGAUGUACCUUUUCGUGCGGCGAGAAACUUCUCCAAACAGGUGAAAAAAUAAAUUGUAAUGUCAAUUCUUUGGAAUGUUAACGAGUUUUAAGAGAAGUAACAUUAAUUUAAUAAGUACUAAAAUUAAAAUGAGCCUCAUAGUAAGAGAGACUUGUAAUCGAGAGGUACGCGAAGGGAAACGCUAGGGCUUGAGGCAUAAACGGGGGAAUACAAGGAGCCUGGAUGAUUUAUAGAAGAAAGAGAGAAAAGAUCGGAGAAGGGGGUAGUAAGUAGUUAUUAUCAAUGUAUAUAUUUUAAAAUGUCUUAGGGAAUUGGCAUAAUUAAACAUUCUGCAUGCAUAAUAAGUGUUAAGCUUAUAUAGCUAUUUGAUUUGUUUGCAUAGUAUCACUUGAAGUUUGAGUCACCGGAAUCAAUCUAACCGCUUUCUUUCCUCUGAGACGGGCGUGUUUCAUGUAGUCUGGCUAACGUCAUUCAAAGAAGAGUCAUCCCAACAUGGCAGGUUCAAAGGCUGUGUUUAGAGAGGUUAUUGUGAUAGGCAGCGGUUGGUCGGGUCUGUUGGCUUGUAAAUGCAUGUUAGAGGAAGGAUUAACUGUUGUGGCACUGGAAAAACGCUCUGAUGUGGGAGGCCUGUGGUGCUAUUCAGAGGAUCCUGAAAUCAUAACCGUUAUGCAGACCACCAAGGCGACUUCCUCCUCCUCUGUAACAGAAAUGUCCGACUUUCCCAUGCCAGAAGAGAUUGGCCAAUUUCCAAAACACGAUGAUGUGCUAGCGUAUUUGAAGUCCUACUGCGACACUUUCAAUUUGUGGUCGCACAUACGUCUCGAUCAUUGUGUUAUGGAAGUUACGAAGAAGGACGAACUCUGGCGAGUCAGCUGCGAAAAUGGCCGACAGUUUACGAGCAAGUUUUUGAUCAUGUGCACAGGAAGCGUGCAGAAGCCGAAUCGUGGUCUGGAACGCUCGAUACUUCGAGACUUUGUUGGAGAAGUUCGCCACAGUUCCGAACUUAAAUCGUUUGUUCCGGAGCACGCAAAUAAACGAGUCAUGUUAAUAGGCGGCGGUGAAACGGCCAGUGACGUCGUCGAGGAAUGGUGUGAUCAUGUGUCGCGCCUUAUAUGGUGUAUACCACGUGGAAUGCAUUUUUUCAGGAAGUUUGCUAAGAUCCUUCCUAAUCGCCGCCCUCAAGCCUUGGAUAAAGCCUCCUCAAGAGUUAUGAAGUUCAUUGCUCCUUAUACAAAGAGCAAACCAGGCUUGUCUUGGAUUUGUAAUUGGACCACAAGCGGUUCCCUCCUUGCCUAUCAAGGGCAUGGUAUUGCUGAGUGGAAAAAUGACGCCCAAUUUUUCCGCUUCUUCGUCAACAAAAAUGGUCACGUACUGGAUAAAGUCGACUACCAACGCUGUAUUCCCAAGGGAGCUAUCCAAAGUAUCGAAGGCAAGAAAAUCAUUUUCUGUGAUGGCACUGAAGAGAUUGUAGACGUCAUUAUCCAGUGUACAGGCUACAAAACAGAGUUUCCAAUCCUUCCGGUAGAAUUUCAGGCCGUGCCUUUAACCCAUAAUUAUAAGUACAUCUUCAAUGUUGAAGAUCCAACGUUAGCAUUCAUCGGUUACGUUCGGCCAGUGGUCGGCUCGAUCGCGGCAAUAGCCGAGAUUCAAUCACGAUUCGUCGGGAAAGCGUUCUCGGGAAAAUGUCACCUCCCACCGAAAGACCGACGUUACGAAGUAGCUAAGCAGGAUAAAGAUUUCUGGGACAACUACUUCAAGGAAUCCUCCCGACGAUUGGGCACACUGGUGGAAGCAUACACCUAUGGUGACGAUAUCGGGAGCCUUUGUGGAAUUAAGCCAGACUACUGGAGCCUGUUUUGGAGAAACCCUCGAGGAUGGCUGUGGGCUGUAUUCGCACCGUACGAUGGAUGUUCGUUCCGACUAAAUGAGCCAGAGAAUGAGGCACGUGCUCUACAACACUUGAGGGUACAGAUGAGCGACACGCUGGGUCCCACACACUUGGUACUGAUUGCCUUUCUGCGUCUCACUUGGUUCGACUUUUGGCUCAAGCUUCUCGGCGAGAUCAAGUACAAGAUUCAAUGUGCCGGCUGGUGGAAGAAGAUCAAGGAUUGUCUACUUGUCAGGGCGUUAGAUUGGUGCUGGCAGACUCCCAAACGUUGGUUAUUUGACAGUAAAACAAGAGCUUAACCAACGCUAUACAAGAAU